UCCAGUCGGUGGAGAGUCAGGAGACGAACAAACCUGGCGGCUGUUGAGGAGCCUGUGAACGGCAAAUCACUCACAACUGACACGCUAUUUGGUCUCACUGGAUGUGUUUUCCCUCCUGUGAUGGUCGGACGCCAUCGCAUGUCGCCCAGUCAAACAACAGAGCCAAAGGGGCGACCAAAAAACACUCCAUUUGUCAAUUUGACAGAGCAGCUAACGUUAGCGGUGUUUUACUAGCCAGCUAACAUUACACGAACACGGCUUGUAGAGGCUAGUUAGCUCCCCCAGCUAAUGUGCUAGCCUCUGUUAGUUACAAACACUUGACUUGCUGCUGGUGGAGGAGCCGAGGAGCGAAGAAGGAGCGUUUUAACCUCACCGGAGCCUGUGCCGUUAGCUUCACCAAGCUCCAAAGGAUAUAUCUCGGUUUGGAUACACGACCAAGAGGAAUCACUGGAGAGGCCUGCUGUCUUUGUUCACCUCCACAUUUCUGAGAAAGAAUCAACCCUUGGAGUCGGACCUGGAGUGGAGAAGACCAAUUGUGGCCUGAACAAAGACAGACAGAGAGAACUAAUGCCAAGCCCUUCUCCUCCUCAGACAGCCUAGCGAAGGUCCAGGAGGUAGCAAGCUGGCUUUUGGAAAUGAACCAGGAUCUGCUGUCGGGGGGCAGCAGCAGCAGGCGGACUCGGGGGCCGGGGGGUCCGGCAGUGCGAGGUAACGCCUCCUCCACGGCCCGGGCACCCCAGCAGGCAGCAGAGGAGGGUGAUGAGGAUGAGCACAUGAACCGGGUAGUAGAGGAGGAAGAGCAGCUGCAGCAGAGGCCUGAGGCGUCGCAGGUUGAUGGCGAGAGAGAACAAGCAUGGGCGCCAAGUGAAUCGGGAGCCAGCAAUGGCCCUCGGGGAGAGGAGGAAGGGGAAGAAGACGAGGAGGGCCCUCCAAACGAAGUGAACGGAGGAGAGAAGGGAGCCCGAUGGAUGUGGGGGGCAGAGCAGAGGCGACUGCGAGGCCAGCCGCUGGGCGAGGAGGACGAGGAGGAGGAGGAAGAGGAAGAGAACAACAACAGCAGCAGUCACCAAGAGGAGGAGGAGGCGGAGGAGAGGACAGAGGGAGGGGAGGAGCAGGGGAGGGAGGAAGAGGAGAGGGAAGAGGGCGAGGAGGAAGAGGAGGAGGAUGAGGAUGAGGAGGAGAUGGACCAAGACAGUGAUGACUUUGAACAUUCUGUGGAGAGUGGGAGGGAGGAAGAAGAGGAGGAGGAAGGAGAAGGGGAGGAAGGGCUGCGGUCUCCCUCUCUCAGGAACAAUGUGUCUGCCCCCAAUAACAACCUGGACUCGGGUUGUACACACCAAAGCUCUUCCAACAAGAAGAUGAAGAGAAAGUUGGACCAUGGCCCCGAGGUCCGAUCUUUCCCUUCAGGAAAAAAGCCCUGCAAAGGCCCGGAGUAUCCAAGCCCGACAGGCAUUGUCCCAUGUCCGGCCACACCCACCACAUUUGGCCACAUCAGAACAGCCAAUGGUCAGGGGCAGCAGAGACGGCGCAUCACCUCAAUCCAGCCACCCACGGGUCUUCAAGAAUGGCUCCGAACAUUUCAGAGCUGGACUGGCCCCGAGAAGCUGCUGGCGCUGGAUGAGUUGAUUGACAGCUGUGAGCCAACACAAGUCAAGCAUAUGAUGCAGGUGAUCGAGCCGCAGUUUCAGCGAGACUUCAUCUCCCUGCUGCCCAAAGAGCUGGCUUUGUAUGUGCUGUCAUUCCUGGAACCGAAGGACCUCCUCCAAGCAGCCCAGACGUGUCGCUACUGGCGCAUCCUGGCAGAGGACAACCUGCUGUGGAGGGAGAAAUGCAGGGAAGAAGGCAUCGAUGAGCCUCUGCUCCUCAAGAAGAGGAAAAUCGUCAAGCCUGGCUUCACUCACAGCCCCUGGAAGAGUGCCUACAUCAGGCAGCAUAGAAUAGACACCAACUGGAGGAGAGGGGACCUCAAAUCACCCAAGGUGCUGAAAGGUCACGACGACCAUGUGAUCACCUGCCUCCAGUUCUGUGGCAACCGCAUCGUCAGCGGCUCUGACGACAACACGCUCAAAGUCUGGUCGGCCAUCACAGGAAAGUGUCUGCGUACGUUGGUGGGCCACACAGGGGGCGUGUGGUCAUCCCAGAUGAGAGACAACAUUAUUAUCAGCGGCUCCACUGAUCGCACACUCAAGGUCUGGAACGCAGAGACAGGAGAAUGUAUCCACACCCUCUAUGGGCAUACCUCAACAGUGCGCUGCAUGCACCUACAUGAGAAAAGGGUGGUCAGUGGCUCUCGUGACGCCACGCUGCGCGUCUGGGACAUUGAGACAGGUCAGUGUUUACACGUCCUCAUGGGCCACGUGGCGGCGGUGCGCUGCGUCCAGUAUGAUGGGCGGCGGGUGGUCAGCGGUGCCUAUGACUUCAUGGUCAAAGUGUGGGACCCCGAGACGGAGACCUGCCUCCACACGCUGCAGGGCCACACCAACAGAGUGUAUUCAUUACAGUUUGAUGGGAUCCAUGUGGUGAGCGGCUCAUUGGACACGUCUAUAAGGGUUUGGGACGUGGAGACGGGCAACUGCAUCCACACGCUAACGGGGCAUCAGUCCCUCACCAGCGGCAUGGAGCUCAAAGACAACAUCCUGGUCUCAGGCAACGCAGACUCCACUGUCAAGAUCUGGGACAUCAAGACGGGCCAGUGCCUGCAAACACUGCAAGGUCCCCACAAGCACCAGAGCGCCGUGACGUGCCUCCAGUUCAACAAGAACUUUGUCAUCACCAGCUCGGACGAUGGCACAGUUAAACUGUGGGACCUGAAGACGGGCGAGUUCAUCCGAAACCUGGUGACUCUGGAGAGCGGCGGCAGCGGCGGUGUGGUGUGGCGCAUCCGGGCCUCCAACACCAAGCUGGUGUGCGCGGUGGGCAGCCGCAACGGCACAGAGGAGACCAAGCUGCUGGUGCUGGACUUUGACGUGGACAUGAAGUGAGAAGGGACGCAGUGGGGAAGGACGAAGAGCGAACCGCGGAGAGGAAGGAAUAGAGAGGGAAUGGGAGAUGAGGCACCUGGAAAACCGAAGGGCCAAAGCCCAGAACUCUUCACCCAAAAUCUACAACCACCACCACUGACAGUGGGCUGUCCUGUCCUCUACCAUUAUCUUCCCCGUCCCCCUUUGGGCAAAUGUUACUGACAGAGCCACAGACCCUCACACGUGUUCAGCCCCUGCUUUCGACCCCCCGCCACCAGUACGAGGUGGAGUCGGAGGGGAUCGGGCUGGAAACGGGGCGGCGGGGCGCGACCGGUCUGUCCCUCGAUUGGAGAAAGAAGAGAGGAAGAAAGGAAUGACUGAUGAAGACUGAACUCUUUUGAAGUGACUCUCAACCCUUUCGGUUCGGGGUCCGCUUCGCACAGAGACUUGGUUUCGCUCAAGCCUGACAGAUUUUGAGAUGUACAGAGAUAUAUUAUUUUUUAAAGACCCCCCCCACACACACCCCUCCCUCUCCCAUCAGUGCGCGCCCACACACACAUUCACUCAAACGGCCAACCAGAAUGUGGAAAGCAUUGACUGUAGGGAGAGAUUGAGGACGGUGGGAGACACUUAAAGGUGAAUUUCCACACACACAUACACACACACAGUUACACCUAAAGAGCUGCUUGUUGUAGAGGAGAGAAAGCGAUUGGAGGGUUCAGCCUGUAAUCAGGCUCGUUUCUUGUCACUCCAUUUCCGUUCUUACUGUUCUCCACUCGGUUUCUGUAGUUUGAUUUCUUUACGAUAUCGCACACAAACACAACUGUGAAUUUCAAUACGUUCUUGGGUUAUCAUAUGAAAGGGGUUUCUCUCAUGUUUUUUUUUUUGUUUUGUUUUUCCUGCGGUUGCCAACAGCAACAAAUCCCAGUAUUAGAAACCUCCUCUGUUUAGGUUUGCUGUCAUUAUGUCACAAAGGGUUUUUUUCCUUUCUUUCUUCGUCUUUUUAUUUGAGUUGUUUGUUCUUCCUUUCUGUUCUCUACAUACCUGGGUUUGGAGCUCCGUCUCCACAUAAACAUCAAUGCUGUCCAGAAUUUUUCAGAGUCUAGCUGGGGUGGUUUCCUCAAUGCCAGUGCUGUGACGAGAGGAAGUAAAGCUCUAAGCGCUGUGGAUUAACGCCCCUGAACCCCCCAGCCCCUUCCCCUCUACUGUUUUCUCCCAGUGGCCAAACUGUAUUUAUGCUGCUAGAUGAACGGAAAAAAGAGAGAGAUGGAACUUUUACUUGCUGUGACGUUUUAGUCCCAGGCAAAAUUCCAAAUUGAACUCUAUAUGUUUGGACUUAAAGAAACAAAAGAUCACAAAAGAAAACAUCCGACAUUUUUGUUUUGUUUUGUUUGUUUUUGCCACUGAAACUUGAGCCAAACGUGCCUCUACGAGGCUGAGAGGAGGGAGCGUGUCCGACAGAUACUGACGGGAUCGCCUGCAGAGAGGAAACAAGGGGAUGUACACUGUUGGCGUGCGUGUGUGUGCGUGCAUGAGUGCGUGUGUUAGCGUGUUAAUGGGCAACUUGUAAACACAUUCCUUGGGACAACGCUCUUUCAGCCUGUUCUUUGGGGAAAUGUACAAAUGCUGUGUGGACUGGCAAAGAAAAAAAACUAGCAGACGUUAUCGAUUUUAACACGUGAAUGAGAGAACUGUCCGUAUCCGUGUGUGAUUGUUGUUCCAUUCAAAGAUGUCUGAAGCAACAGAGGAGACCAUCACAAGCAUCAACUGACAGGUCGAGCUGCCAGGAGUCUUAGUGUUACAUGUGUUGCAGUUAAAAUCACCGGGGCGGCUGCUCUGCGGCGGCCGCAGCCUCGAGGAUUGUCAGUGGGAAAAAUAAAAACACAAAAGGCAACAAACGUGAACAGAAACAUUGUAGCCAAACGAAAAAUCGUCUCAAUCUCCAAGAGUCACAACUCAAGCUGAACUGUGAAAGUGGUAUAACACUGUAUAUUAAAAAAGAAAAAAAGAAAACAAUCUUGCUCUAUCUCCUCUCGUUGUUUUCUCCCUCUGUUUUAAUUUAUGAUCUGGUUUGAGAAAUCAGAUUUGUUGCAGGUGUUUUAUUUUUUCAGUUCAUGUAAACUGCCUGGCAAAAAAGAAAACAGACAGAAAAAAAACCUUAAAGGGAUUGUGUAUUGUUUGAUUCACUUAGAAUUUUAUUUUCUUAUAACUUAAGUGCAAUAAAAUGUGGGUUUUUCUUUUUUCAUUUCAAGCAUA